AUGGCGUCUCUACAAUCUACCAUCGCCCUGUUGGCCGUUGUGGGCAGCACUGCUGCAAUGGUCUCAAGCACCUCUUCGGCCGAAGCUGGUCCCACUGGUCUCUCAUAUCCGUCGGGAUUUGAUAUGAAAACAAGCUGGGCCAACCUCAGCCCUUAUGUCGAUGCUUCGGAUUUCAAUGUGUCCAAAGGUUUUCCAUUGGAGUGCGAACUGUCGCAGGUGCAUGUGCUACACCGUCAUGCCCAGCGGUAUCCGACACAAUGGUUGCUUGAUGGGGAAGGCUUGGAGAACUUCGCCCAAAAACUGGCCAACUACUCCGAGAAACAUCCACACAAGAAGAUCGGGUCUGGAGCUCUGGAUUUCUUGAAUGAUUGGGAGUACAUGCUUGGUUCAAACACUCUGCUCCCUACUGGUGCCGCCACCGAAGCCAGUUCUGGCGCGCAAUUCUGGAGCCAGUACGGCCGAUUGCUCUAUCAUGCAGGAAGUGGCGAUGCGGUCUGGAAUGCAUCGUUGAAUGUAUAUCCAAAUGGCACCGCACGUCCAAAGCCGACUUUCCGCUCGACCUCAUACCCCCGGAUUUUGGAGAGUGCUCGCUGGUGGCUGGGUGGCUUCUUUGGAAACACAGGAGCCAAUAGCUCAUACUCGGAGUAUAAUCUGACCAUCAUUCCCGAGGUCACAGAUUUCAACAACACCCUAUCGUCAACCAGUGCCUGCUCCAAUGGCUUGGAGCCAGGUGACAACGCGGCCCCUAUAUUCGCUUCGUCUCUUGCCAAAACUGUCCGGAAGCGCCUUGCUGCACACCUGCCCAAGGGUCUGGAACUCGACGAUGCUGACAUUAUGGCGAUGUUCAAUAUGUGCCCCUAUGAGUAUGCCAGUCUGGGUCGGUCGUCUUUCUGUGCGCUCUUCACUGAGCAGGAGUGGCGCGACUAUGAGUACUAUGUCGAUCUCCAAUUUUACGGUAGUUUCGGGUUUGGCUCCCCCAGUGGCCGCGCCCAAGGAAUUGGGUAUGUUCAGGAACUGGCAGCACGCCUACAGUCCAAGCUCAUCAUGAGCAGUGACAGCAGCAUCAACUACACGUAUGAUGACAACACCAAGUCUUUCCCGCUCGAUCAGCCACUGUACAUGGACAUGUCGCAUGACGAUGUCAUCGUGUCUGUACUGGCUGCUUUGGGUCUGGAUUAUUUCAAGUACGGUCCUCAUGGCCUGCCUGUCUCGGUUGCGCACGCCCCGCGCCGCAACUUCAACAUCAACCAGAUGACCCCCUUUGGCGCUCGUCUGUACUCUGAGAUUUGGACCUGUCCCAAGGAUGUCUCGUUCAAGCAUCUCCAAGUACAGAAGUACAAGAACCCGGAUCUGUCAUCGAAGUCUCACACUACUGAUUACAUCCGAUUUGUGUUGAACAAUGCGCCCGUACCUCUGGAUGGUCUCAAGGCCUGUGAUGGCUCAGUGAAUGGAUUCUGCAAGGUCAAAAAAUUCCUUAGCGCUAUUCCCGAUCUCAACAAGGAGGCCAUGUACCAAGAAGCUUGCUUUGGCGACUACAACAUUACCAGCCAAGUUGGCAAUGGACAGCCGAGAAAGCCUUGA